AUGCGGGUCCCGCUCCGCUCCGCGCCCGCGCUGGCGCUCUGCACCCUAACCCUGCUCCGCCUGGGCUGCGCGGCGAGCCGGGCACUCACCUGGCCACCGACCUGGCCACCGACCUGGCCACCGACCUGGCCACCGAGCAGAGCAUCCUCCCCGGCUCUCACCUGGGCACCGACCCGCGCCCCGCCGCGCUGUCCCCCGCUGAUGCUGCAGCUGCUCCGCGCCCCUCCCGCCCCGCUCCGCGCCGCCGCCGCCGCCGCUCUCAGCCUGUCCCCACACGGCUCCCUGCAGAACGGCUCCCGCUGGGCGCUCUCCUUCGACAUGUCCUCGCUGUCCAGCAGCCAGGAGGUCAGUCUGGCUCAGCUCCGUGUCCGCCUGCCCAGCCUGUCCCGUGCCCACAACGUUUCCCUGGACAUCUACCACAGCCAGCGGCGCCGGUGCCGGGGCGAUGGGAGCUGUGCCCACCAGCUCCUCCUGGGCACYGUGACUAGCAGCCCCUCUGCCACCCAGACCUCCUGGAAAAUCUUUGAGGUCACCAACCUGCUCCGGUCUUGGCUGCACCAGGCUGUGCUGCCCGGGCACCGCAGUGCCCCGGGAGAGGGGCAGUGGGAGCUGAGUGGAUCUGCUGCCCCCACCACCACCCCUGCCCCGAGAAAUGCCGGGCACGGGGAUCCAGCCCUGCCCCAGGACGUGGCAGACACGGUCCUGCUGCUCGUCUUCUCCAAGGACAAAUCUCCGGGAGACCACAGCCUGAUCCGGACAGCGGAGAGCUCCAAGUACAUCAUGCGGGACAGCGGCUCCCCGGGCACCGGGGCGCGGCGGCAGCGCAGGAACAGGACCGAGAGGCAAAGGAUCAAAGCGAGCGAUGCYGCUGCAGCCCUGGGGCGGGAGCAGGGCCGGGCCCUGUGCAGGAGGGUGGACAUGGUGGUGGAUUUCGAGCAGACGGGCUGGGGCAGCUGGAUCGUGUACCCCAAGAAGUACAACGCGUACCGCUGCGAAGGGCUGUGCCCCUCGCCCGUGGACGAGACCUUCAAACCCACCAACCACGCGUACAUCCAGAGUUUGCUGCAGCUCUACAAGCCCAGCCUGGUGCCGUGCCCCGCCUGCUCCCCGGUCAAGAUGAGUCCUCUCUCCAUGCUCUACUACGAGAAGGGCGAGAUCGUCGUCCGCCACCACGAGGACAUGAUCGUCGAGGAGUGUGGCUGCAACUGAGGCCACCCYGUCCCCUGCCAGGAACGGGCACAUCUCUGCCCAAAAAUGCCCGACGGAGCGGCACCCAACCCCCGGCCGCUGCACAG